AUGGCCGACCAGCAUGAUCCCAAUGGCGCCUACAGCGAGGUCUUUGAGGAGGGUUCCGACCUCAAGCACCCGCAGACCGUCCAUCGCAUUCGGGCCAAUUCCAGUAUCAUGCAAUUGAAGAAGAUCCUCGUCGCCAAUCGAGGAGAAAUUCCUAUUCGUAUUUUCCGUACUGCACACGAACUUUCACUCCAAACGGUCGCAGUAUUCAGUUAUGAAGACCGACUUAGCAUGCACAGGCAGAAAGCCGAUGAAGCCUACGUUAUCGGAAAGCGCGGUCAAUAUACACCUGUUGGAGCAUACUUGGCUGGAGACGAAAUCAUCAAGAUUGCUCUAGAGCAUGGAGUCCAAAUGAUUCACCCCGGCUAUGGAUUCCUCUCCGAGAAUGCAGAAUUUGGUAGAAAUGUGGAGAAGGCUGGCUUGAUCUUUGUCGGUCCUUCUCCAGAAGUCAUCGAUGCUCUUGGUGACAAGGUGUCUGCCAGAACUUUGGCUAUAAAGGCAGGCGUGCCAGUUGUACCAGGUACCGAGGGAGCUGUGGACAAGUUUGAGGAUGUCAAGCACUUCACGGACGAAUACGGCUUCCCAAUCAUCAUCAAGGCAGCUUACGGAGGUGGCGGACGUGGGAUGCGUGUUGUCCGAGAACAAGAAAGCUUGGAGGACUCCUUCAACCGUGCUACAUCUGAGGCUAAGUCCGCCUUCGGGAAUGGCACAGUCUUUGUGGAACGUUUCCUUGACAAACCCAAGCACAUCGAGGUCCAGCUUCUUGGAGACAACCAAGGAAACAUUGUUCAUUUGUAUGAGCGUGACUGCUCAGUUCAACGAAGACAUCAAAAAGUCGUCGAAUUAGCACCCGCGAAGGAUCUCCCGGCUGAGGUCAGAGAUGCCCUCCUUGCGGAUGCCGUGAAGCUUGCCAAGUCGGUCAACUACCGCAAUGCGGGCACUGCAGAAUUCUUGGUUGACCAGAAGAACCGAUAUUACUUCAUUGAGAUUAACCCUCGUAUCCAAGUCGAACACACGAUCACCGAAGAAAUCACAGGGAUCGAUAUUAUCGCGGCCCAGAUUCAAAUCGCAGCAGGUGCAACCUUGGCUCAGCUUGGCCUUACACAGGAUCGAAUUUCGACCAGAGGCUUCGCAAUCCAAUGCCGUAUUACAACAGAAGAUCCGGCCAAGCAAUUCUCGCCAGAUACGGGGAAGAUUGAAGUCUAUCGAUCAGCUGGUGGAAAUGGUGUCCGUUUGGAUGGUGGCAAUGGAUUUGCUGGUGCAAUCAUUACUCCCCAUUAUGACAGUAUGUUGGUGAAAUGUACUUGCCAUGGUUCCACAUAUGAAAUUGCUCGCCGAAAGAUGAUUCGAGCUCUAGUCGAAUUCCGUAUCCGCGGUGUCAAGACAAACAUACCCUUUUUGGCAACACUGCUUACUCACCCAACCUUCAUUGAAGGUAACUGCUGGACUACCUUUAUUGAUGAUACCCCUGAGCUCUUUGACCUCGUUGGCAGCCAGAACCGUGCUCAAAAGCUUCUGGCAUACCUCGGAGAUAUGGCUGUCAAUGGCAGCAGUAUCAAGGGCCAGAUUGGCGAGCCCAAAUUCAAGGGCGACAUCAUUAUGCCAGAGCUCCUGAGGGAGGAUGGAAAGCCGUUAGAUAUUUCCGAGCCUUGUAAGAAGGGUUGGAGAAACAUCCUUGUUGAGAAAGGCCCAGAAGCAUUUGCUCAGGCCGUCCGAAAGAACAAGGGAUGUCUUCUCAUGGACACAACCUGGCGUGAUGCACAUCAGUCAUUACUGGCUACUCGUGUGCGAACUGUUGAUCUUCUGAACAUUGCUAAGGAAACCAGUCAUGCUUAUAGCAACCUGUACAGUCUUGAAUGUUGGGGUGGUGCUACUUUCGAUGUUGCCAUGCGAUUUCUCUACGAGGAUCCUUGGGACAGACUGCGAAAGAUGCGCAAGCUCAUUCCCAACAUUCCUUUCCAGAUGCUUUUGCGUGGUGCAAAUGGUGUUGCGUACUCUUCUCUCCCAGAUAACGCCAUCUACCACUUCUGUGAGCAAGCAAAGAAGCACGGUGUUGAUAUUUUCCGAGUCUUUGAUGCUCUAAAUGAUAUUGACCAACUCGAGGUUGGUAUUAAGGCUGUUCACAAAGCCGGUGGCGUUGUUGAGGGUACUGUGUGCUAUUCUGGAGACAUGUUGAACCCAAAGAAAAAGUAUAACCUAGAGUAUUACUUGAGCUUGGUCGACAAACUUGUUGAUCUCAAGAUCCAUGUUCUCGGAAUCAAGGACAUGGCAGGUGUGCUGAAGCCAAAGGCCGCUACGCUUUUGAUUGGAUCUAUCCGCAAGAAGUACCCUGAUCUUCCAAUUCACGUCCACACCCACGAUUCGGCUGGUACCGGUGUGGCAUCAAUGGUUGCAUGUGCCAACGCUGGUGCUGAUGCCGUGGAUACCGCUACUGACUCCUUGUCCGGGAUGACAUCUCAGCCUAGUGUUGGUGCCGUCCUCGCGUCUCUUGAGGGCAGCGAUCUUGACCCAGGCCUGAAUGUCCACCAUGUCCGUGCGAUUGAUUCAUACUGGGCUCAGCUCCGUCUUCUGUACUCUCCAUUUGAAUCUGGUCUUACUGGACCCGACCCAGAAGUCUACGAACAUGAGAUACCAGGUGGCCAACUGACCAACAUGAUGUUCCAAGCUUCUCAGCUAGGUCUUGGUGCGCAGUGGGCAGAGACCAAGAAGGCCUACGAGCAGGCCAACGACUUGCUUGGUGAUAUCGUCAAGGUUACACCUACUUCGAAAGUCGUUGGUGACUUGGCUCAGUUCAUGGUCUCCAACAAGCUGGACUUCGACUCUGUACAGAAGAGAGCUGGAGAGCUUGACUUCCCAGGAUCCGUCCUUGAAUUCUUCGAGGGUCUCAUGGGUCAACCGUACGGAGGUUUCCCAGAACCUCUCCGUACUAACGCUCUUCGUGGCAGACGCAAGCUCGAAAAGCGACCUGGCUUGACUCUAGAGCCUCUUGACCUCCAGAAGAUUAAGAAGGACAUCCAUACCAACUGGGGUACUGUCACUGAGUGCGAUGUUGCAAGUUAUGCUAUGUACCCUAAGGUCUUUGAGGAUUACCGGAAAUUCAUUGCGAAAUAUGGCGAUCUAAGCGUCCUUCCUACAAGAUAUUUCUUGUCGGCUCCGGAGAUUGGAGAGGAGUUCCACGUCGAGCUCGAGAAGGGCAAGGUCUUGAUACUGAAGCUUCUCGCUGUUGGUCCUUUGUCCGAUACUACUGGUCAACGUGAGGUCUUCUACGAAGUAAAUGGUGAGGUUCGACAAGUGACUGUUGAUGACAACAAGGCUGCUGUAGAGAAUACGGCCCGACCAAAGGCUGAUCCUGGAGAUUCGAGCCAAGUUGGAGCUCCGAUGUCGGGUGUUGUUGUUGAGAUCCGUGUUCACGAAGGUAGUGAGGUUAAGAAGGGUGAUCCUAUUGCUGUGCUCAGUGCUAUGAAGAUGGAAAUGGUCAUCUCAGCACCGCAUGCUGGUAAAAUAGGUGGCAUCCAGAUCAAGGAGGGUGACUCGGUGGGAGGUGCAGACCUCAUCUGUAAGAUUGGCAAGCCUGGAGAGUCAAAGUAG